AACAUAUGCUCAGGGAGAAAGAGAGGCAGAGAGAGAGAGAGAGAGGCGUUGGCGCCGAAAAUGGUUGGAAUCCGAGACCACCAGAGAAUAAUCUCAAGCUUCUUUCCCGAAAACCAUGGCUUCUUCAGCUUUACUCUCCUUCGUAGAAUCAACCGCAUCCACCCUCUUCUUCCUCCUUCCUACUCUCUAACAUUCCCGCCAUUAACUCUCUCUCUCUCUCUCUCUCUCUCUCUCUCUCUCUCUCUCUCUGGCGCUGUGGGGAAAUUGGCUUUUGCAUCGGAUUAUCUGCCCCUUUGUUUUGUUCUUUUCUGAUAUGCCUUUAGUGCCCUGUUUCGCCUGUAACGUGGAGAUCGUUCAAAAAAAUGAGAAAUUGAUCGUAUUGCAGACAUAUGUGGUGUGUUUAUUUCCACGAUAAUCUGCAGCCGCGGUUAGUUCCCCGAAAUUUGCCUGUUAACAUCCAUCACUCUUUGAUUUCUUCUUUAUUUAUUUGUCAGUAAUCAACGUUGUGAUCUUAAAUGAUAUUUUUCAUUCUUCCCGGUUUCGAUCGUUCAUACUUAAUUUCGGAGAUUUCUGAUUUAAAGAUCCCCCGUUGUUACAUAUUGGCGAUAAUUUAUAUCUUGAGGUUCAGAAGCAGUUCUUAGUGAAAUAUGGGCAAACACCUGCGGCGCAAGCGCUUUGGUGUCCCUUUCCGGAGUAAUCAUCCAGGAUGCACGUGGGGCAUACUUCAUAUGCUUGACUACCAUCGUUGGAAUCAUGUCAAGAAAAUGCUUCCACACAAAAGGCAUGACAGUCGAAAGCAUGCCAUGGGCAUUGGAAUUCCAGGACUUGAUACAAAUGACCCUAGUGCUGAUAAAAUUGAAGAACACAUUGAUGCUGAAAAGGAUAAUUCCCUCAUUGAAGAACCGAGGAGACGUUCCAGUCCAGCUGCCAAAACCUCUGUCAAGGCCAGAAUAAAAGCAUUGAUUGCUGAAGAGAGGUCUAAGAAAAGGGGCCAACAUCACCGAAGCUCAACAUACCCUGCACAAAAUCAAUUGACGAGAACUCUUUCCAUCCAUCAUUUGGAACCUUCAGACCAAGAUUAUGGUGGUGAAAUAAUCUCAAAUGGUAAAAGUCCAAUAAUAGUUCGACCAAACAUUCAAAACUCCACCACAAGCAGCACGCUGGGCUCACCGCAACUAAACAUCCACAAGGAGCCAAUUGUUGUGAAGAGAGCAUGUGAGGCGUGUGGCUCCAUGCUUUCUGUGAAUUCCUUGGGGAGUAGGCGGCUCGAUGAGCAUGGGGAGCAACAGGUUGAUAAUCACAUGCUUCAGGAAAGGGUAGACAAAGGAAAGCAAGCCUUAUUGGAACAGAAGUUAAUGUAUGCAAAGGAGCUUUCUGUAGAGGCUUCACUCCAUCAGUCAAAAGAAUUCCUGGAUGCGUUGGAUUUAAUUAGCAUGAAUAGAGACUUGUUCCUAAAAAUUCUACAAGACCCAGACUCUCCUUUAGCUCACCAUUUCCAUGGUGAACGGGCGUAUGGCCCAAAGAUGGAGUUAAGCAGAUCUGGGUCAUUCCCUGCGGUUGGCUCAUCAGGAAGAAGAGGUUAUGAGCCAAGCAAACUGAGACAAGAGCAGGAGAUUGGAUCUCAUUCAAAAGGAGAAGGGAAGUUGCAAGGUUGCAGUGAAGCACCAAAGUUUGUUGAGUUCAAGUCUACAGAAAAUAUUUUUAAACAGUCAAUGCCAUUGACAGCUGAGAACGAGGAUGACAAAAUUUCAGAAUCAAGCCAUGCAAAGCCUGAAGCUGUUGAUGGCUUUUCUCCAAUUUCAACCCAACUGCUGAAUAACCCAAUUGAAAAUCAAGCAGCCAGUAAGCGUUUCAAGGAUCUUAAGCAGAAGAUAAAACAUGUAAUCAAAGAGAACAGAAAGGAGAAGCAUCGGAUCAGCAUGGAUGCAAUUUUUCACAAAAUACCCUAUGGCCAAAGGUUUUCCAAGGAUGAGCUGCGGAAAGAGCCUGCAAUGGACAGAGAUAAUAAAGACAGUCCAGGAAGUAGCUAUGGCAGCAAUCAUUCUGCUCCUGCCUCCAGCAAGGGAGGGUUGCACUGUGUCAGGAGGACAGCAUCCCUUAAUGAAUCACUAGACAAAUAUUGUCAGUUGUUUGAGUUAAGUUUCAAUAGAGAAGCCAAAAAUAAUGUCUCUGAGAGACUAAAGCUAAGAACAGAAGAGGAAACUUCAUCCAGUGAAAGAACCUCAAAAUCCCUAGGAAGGAUUCUUUCUCUUCCUGAUCUCAAAUCUUACUUUUACAUCAGAAGUGAAGACUCUUACGAUUCUUUUUCUUCUAGGACUCCACUUAAGAAUGUUGUUGAGAGCAUGGUAAGUGCGGGAAGUGCAUAUGAUGCCCAAAAGGAUCGAGGGUCUCCUACAGGCCCCGCAAAUAACCUGCAAUUAAAUAGAGAAAGUGAAAAUGAAGAAAAUGCAGAAGUUAGUGAAAUAGGACAAAUUGCUGGAUAUGACAGGGGAUCAACAUCAAUUGCAAAUGAUGCAGAAAAUGCUAGAAUGGAUCAAACUAUUGAGGGAUUGGGAAAUUUUACCCGAGUGAACAAUGUCUCUCUUCAUGAGCAGGAAGUUAGUUCCAGAAAGACUUCCAUAGCUAAGUUUUCAGAACCAAGUCCUGUUUCAUUGCCCAUCUCCAGUUUCCAAGAUACAACCAGUAUUGCAAAGCUGUCUGCAUGGAGUGAAGCAGAUAUGGAAUUAAAAUCAGAGCGCAUUCUUUUGGAUGGACUAGAGCAAUUGACCAAUCAGCAAUGUGAAUCUUGUAUGAAUUUCUCUAUAAUGGCUGAGAGCAGAGUUCUGCUUGAGGAAGUAAACAUUUCAAAGCAGUUGGAUAGGGACUUUCAACAUCCUUACGUGGAUAUCAAAGAUGAAGCUGAAUUUAAUUAUGUGAGAGAUAUACUGGAACUGUCUGGGUUCAGUAAGAAUGAGAUCCUUGGUGCAUGGCACUCCACUCAUCAACCAAUGGAUUCUUCAGUGUUUGAAGAGAUGGAAGGUUGCUUGCUUGUAGGAUCUGACUCUUCUGAGAGUGAAGAAGGUGGCAACUAUAGUCACACGCUUUUAUUCGACCUAAUCAAUGAGGUAUUGAUGGACAUUUAUGAGAGAUCAUUAACCUACUGUCCGGUGCUUUUGACUUCUCUUUCCCAUAUUCGUCCUAUGCCAGUGGGAUCACAUGUUCUUGAGGAGGUCUGGGCAAAUAUAAGUUGGUACUUGAGCUUCAGGCCUGAUCUGGACCAAUCACUAGACUAUGUUGUGAGUCAAGAUCUAUCAAAGGGUGAUGGGUGGAUGAACCUCCAAUUUGACACCGAGUGCGUAGGGCUUGAAGUGGAGGACUUGAUUUUUGAUGAACUUCUAGAGGAAGUUAUUUGUACUUGAACUCUAUGGCUUUAGCAGGUUUUUUUCCCUAAGGUCCCUCCUUCACCUUUGUUAUUCAAAAAAUUGUCUUUUAUUUAAUUUUGUAUUGAUAUUCUUUUACUCAAAUUCCAUAGAAAGAAUAGGAUAAAAUAUGAGAGAGAAGCCUUGAUGAUUGCAAUCUCAAUGCACAUUGCACAGUUGGUGAAAAAUGAAAAUGUAAAUUAUUGAUACUUACAGUAAGUAUGAAGUAGUGGCUUUGAAAAUAAAUAAGCUUGUGGAAUUUCUCAUUGC